CUCCCCUUCUCACCGUCCAUCAAGCCCAAAUGGCCGCUUCCUUCAAGGCAAUCUUAGCCCUCUCCAUGCUAAUUUCCCCCUGCCUCUCUUCUGCUGCCCAAAGUUGUUCAAGCUACACCUUUUCCAGCAACAAAGUUUUCAGCUCCUGCACUGAACUCCCACACUUGGGAGCCUCCCUCUACUACAACCACACUGCCCCUACUGACACCAUCAGCAUUGCCUUCAAGGCCCCGCAAACCUCCACAGGAUGGGUUGCAUGGGGCCUGAACCCAGCCGGCACAAAGAUGGUCGGCUCGCAGGCCAUUGUUGCGUUUUUCCAUUCCAAUGGGAGCAUGGUGGCCUAUCCAACGCAGCUUGAUAGCUAUGCUCCAUCAAUGGCUCCAGGGGCACCGAGCUUCCCGGUGUCCGACCUGUCGACCGAGUACGUUAACAAGGAGAUGAUCAUCUUUGCAACUCUGGGGCUGGUGGGUGGAGGAUCCAAGUUCAGCCAUGUGUGGCAGGAGGGCAGCACCGUCCUGAAUGAUGUCCCCAAGGCUCACUCCACCACUGGGGAGAACAUUCAGUCCCUAGGGACUAUUGAUUUCCAGUAGCAUCACAGGAUGCCAAUCUGGAAAUGAUGUAGCUUUGCAGUGCUGGGUGUUUGCCCAUUUGGUGCACUCCUAUCACUUGUUUGUACCUUCAUAUAUGGUAACUUAGAAUUUUAUCCAGAAGUUCUUGUAAUCGUUGAGAAA